CCCACUUGUUAACACCUUGCAAAUCCAUGCAAAAUCCAGCUGACGUCAGGGAAGAUGGAAACUCACUGGAGAGAGUGAGCGCAGAGGCCACACCCGCCCGCAGCUGCCGGGCUCUGCUACGCCCAAGGCCACCUCUGAACCGGAGCCAGAGAGAGGCACGCUGCAUCAAACUGCCCAGCGAGGCCCAAGAAUAUUCCAGUAGGUCCACACGGGAAUAAAACUAUACAUCGGCAAGAUCCAAAAGGCUUUCCGUGCUCCUAGUUCAACUCACAAAGUACAACCGUUUCUUGCUCCUCUCACCAGGAAGGCCUCGUGUGUGUCCGUGGAGAAAAGCAUGCGUGUCUCCCUAAACUCCCCUCUCUGCACUGGCCACUGGCGGGGACAGUCUCAGAAUGGAAACCGAGCACCGACUCACCCUCCGGCCAGGGACACAGAGGAGCGCCACGUCCGGGCCCACCUCUCCACCCCCAGACCUCCUCGGCGCGGCAGAAACCGACACAACAGCCCAGAGGACAGGGGGGCGCUGCCGGGCCCGCAGGGCCGCCUCCACUUCCGGGCCGUGGCAACGAGGCUGGCCAGCAACAGGCAAAGUCACCGGCAGAGCGUCCCAAGCGCCAGGGCUGAAAGACGGCUGGCGGGCCCGCCACGAGAGGAGUGCGUUCUGAUCGCGGACACGGCCCAGAAGCAGGCACUGGACCCCCCCAGGGCUCUGACCAGCGCGCAGAAAGGCAGGGCCACCACAAGGGUCCCUCCCGAGCAGUGCGCAUACUCCCUAGGAACCCAGCGAAACAGCACACUCUGCAAAAAUGCACGUGUCACUCUCAAACAAGGUCUCCAGGGGGCCUGGCCCCUCCUGUCUCAGGUGGGGCGGGCAGGGGACAAGAAGCCUGAUGGGCUCUGGGCCAGCACUGCCUGCAGCCCUGACAGAGGUGGCGGUGGGGGCGACACCAGGCCCACGUGGACCCUGGCUCACAGGGACCCCGAAGAGGGCAGGACGGCGUGCGUGAGAGAGGCCUGAGGCAGGAGACCUGAGAAGAAGUCGGCCCACACCAGCUUUUCCCUCUGAGAAAUGGGUCGACCCAGGCUCUGCUACCUCCGAGGCGCCGACGCAGGGAGAACACGGCCCGCCCUACAACGGGGACCGGCCCGUAAAACAGAACGCCUCCUAGAUUUCCGAAACCGGUCACUAGGCCCAAAGACCCCCAAUGCCCCCUUCCUGACCGUCCAAGGACGGACUCCAGGCCCCCGGCACCAGCAGGAGAGGGGAGCUGGGAGCAGGCCCGCCCAGGAUGGCGGGCCUGGCGGAUGGCGGCAGCCUGGGCUCGGGGCACCAAGGUACUCGCCAAGGCUGCCAGGCCAGUGUCGGGUGACAUCCCUGCACCGGGGGGUCUGGCCUGCCACCCGACCACCCACCGCCCCCUCCUGGUGUCUACGCCCCUCGCGGCAUGGAGCCAAAGGCCACGCAGGGAAGGGCGGGGUCUCCCAGGAAACCAUCUGGCAGCGUCAGCAGCCCGGCUGGGCGGCAAGGCCGGGAGCCCCUCCGCAGACCCUGGAAUAACGCAGCAGGCGGCUGGGACGGGCUCACGGAAAACAAGGGCGUCCAUGGUUCCCGAGGGCCCCAUCUACCACAGACCGCCGGCGGCGACCCCUGCACCGAGCCUGGGGCCGGCUCUGCUCCCUGCGGGCACUGGCCCACCGGGGACCCCUGAGCGCUGACCCUCACCUCCUGCGAUGCCACACUUCGAAUAUCUACUUACACGGAUCAGGGUCUCCUGGUUUUGUUUUUAAAUAUCCAACAGCAGCCUCUCCCGGGUCGUGCUGCAGACCAGGCUCAUCUGAGAUGGGUGAGGGGUCGGGCAGCGCAGCCCCCGGGGGCGCUUCCAGGAGGAGCACUUUCUGUAGGCCACCAGGACCCCACAGCCAAGAGCCCUCCGGGCUGUGCAGGGGGAGUCACCCCUGAGAGCACACUUCCAGGAAGCCAGGCUCCUCCGGUGAAGACCGGGCAUGCCCAGGCCCCUUCUCUUGGGGACAGUGACAGGAGGGGCUGUGGGGCGCCAAGUGUCUCCUAUUCGGCCGAGGACACAGACGGCUGGGGGCGGGGGGUCCCCACCGAAUCUGCUUUUUAAAGGACCCCCCUUUCAACAGCUGAAAGGAAACAGCUCACUGUCUCGGGAGAGCUGCGAGUAAGCAGGCCGCGCAGGCCCUCGGUCUCGCCCACAGGACACUCACAAUGGACCAGAAUUAGGGAGAAAGAGCCCUUCUGUGUGCAGGGCUGGGACUGCGGGUUUGCCUUGGCGGGGGAACAACUUUCCACUGGCCGUGCCCCUCCCCCGCUCCGUCCACUUGCAGCUGGGGCUGUCCUCAGAGGGAAGGAGGCAUUUCCUGUGCCCCCCCAUUUCCCAACAUUCUUGGCAAGCCCAGAGAAGAGCAGG